GCAGGCCACUCGCACCCGCAUCAACAGCAGCACGCUCUGGCCCAACACCACCUGCAGCAGCAGCAGCAACAGCAACAACAGCAGCAGCAACAGCAACAGCAGCAAAUGGCCAACCUGCUGUCGGCGCCGGUACAGGGACCUGGCGCGGGCCUGGCGACGCCGUCGCGGUUGCUCGCCUCGUCGAUGGUCGGCUCGCCGGCCGGCGGUCUGAUGAUGCAGUCCGUCUCGGCCAACCUCACGACGGCGACGACGGCGACGCCGACCGACGCCGCGACUGCCGCCGCCGUUUCUGAAGCCUGUGCAGCCGCGGCCGCGGCUGCUGCCGUCUCGGUGGGCGGCUGGGACGCCACGACCGCGGCCAACAUGGCCUCGCUGUUGGUGCCGCCGUCGAAGAAGAGGGCGGAGAGCUUCUUCGUGGAGGAGAUCAAGUUGAUGCUGUCCGAGAUCGAGAAGCACAAGCACAUUCUUCUUUCGAUGGCGCCCUCCACGAGCAAGCUGAAGCGGCGCGCCUGGGAGGAGGUCUCCGCGUCAAUGGCCACCCAUUGGCCGCACGCGCCGCGCAGAACCGCAGACCAGGUGAGUCCUUCUGGCCUUUCUGCUUUCUCUUUCUCUCUCCAGCUUUUUCUUUUUAUUUCUCUCCUUAUUCAUUCUUCGUUUCCUCUUUCUCUAUUUAUACAGCCGCGACUUGGCCACUUUGUCUUUGCGCCCUCGGUUCCUUAA